GACCAAAGGGCGGCUGGACUGUACUGACGUGACAACCCCCGCCCCUGGUUACCGCCUUGGUGAUACUGCAACACUACCAUGGCGCCGCCUUCAGGCAAUGACGUUUCUCAUAGCUAGAUCAGAGUUCGUUUUCAGUGUCCAAAAAUCACUUUCUCUCCACCCUGCUUUCAGAUGCUAAUAGUUUAGCUUUAUACGCUUUGGUGCGAGACCGUUUUUUGGGUGCGUGGGCCUCCAGAGGUCCGUUACCCGGCAGAAUCGUACGCUUCACGCAAACACUCAGCAGCCAAGAGCCGGGAUUAGCGAACCAGAGUCGGCCCGAGGCCAAAACGUCACGUCACGAUCUACUUUUGCUGUCCCCUCAGGAAAUAUGAGCACGUUUUGAGUCUUGGGAGGACCCGAGGGAGCGAACCUUAAGGAUUAUCUCUGAAGGCGAUCUCAAGAAGGGACCCGGCGCCUGGAUUUUUGAGGGUAUUCACGGCACGAGACUAGGGGUUACCGGAGUUUCUACAAACAUCGUUCGACCCGGUUAGGGUGCCCGGCCAUGGCUACCCUAGCCGCCAGCCCUCUGCUGACAUGUAGCGACUGUAAAAUGACGUUCAAGUCGCCAGCGCUGUUGCAGAAACACAAGGAGAAGUUCUGUGUGGGAAGCGGGAUUGGAGACCCGAACCGGCUAGCCAGGGAUGCGGAGAGACUGAGACAGGCAGCCUACAAGCCGGCAGAACCAGCGCCACCGUCACCUGACCCCAACCUGACAUCCAAGGCUAUAGACCAGUUAAGGCAGCUGAAGGACCGUAAGUCCAAGUUACGCCAGGAGAGAGAAGACGAGGAGAGGAAGUUACUGAGAGACAUCCAGGACAAGGAGCGGGCCAUACAGCGGGAACGCUCGCGACUCAGCGUAAGAGAAACCGAGGCCAAGAAAGCAACGGAAUUCAAGGAUCUCACUCAGGAGUACCAGCGCAUGUUGGAACGUGAGCAGCGAAUAAGAGACGAGAUAGACAACCUGGAACAGGACCUUGGACUUGAGAGUCGUGCGGGGGUGAUAUCCCGUAACACUGACAGCAGUAUGAGCCUUCCCAUAUACACUGAUGAUGAGCAGGCCAGCCCCAGGAAGAACGACCACACGGAGCAGCUCAGGAGACUAGCAGAGCAUCAUGGGAAACAGCUGGGAGAGAUCCAGAACAGGAACAGGGAACUGGAGCGGCAGAGAGAAGAAAUCCGUCGGCGGCUGCAGGACCUGGGUAACCAGCCGAUCCCGCCGCAGCCUGCCAGUGACCAGCCCAGCGUGGAGGACAUGGUGAAGGAACUCAGGGAGCAGGAGAAACGCAACCAGGAGACUCUGGAACAACUCAAGUCACAUCUUAACAAUCUGCAGGAGGAGGCAAGGAAAGCAGCAGAACACCGUCCUGACAGUGGGGUACAAACAGAGUUUGUUGGGAUCCCUUUCCAGAAUGGCUCCCUGGUCUCAGAAAUAAGCGCGAUGCGUCUGGCGUACCUACAGAGCGGUGGUAACGACCCGGCCGUCCUGGCACAGAUGCAUGACAUGCAGGUGGAGGCACAGCAGCUAGAGGACCAGAACAAACGCAGGGACAAGAAGAAAAGCAAAAAAGAACCUAAGGACAUGGGGAGCCAGGUUCUGGCUAUCGAGCUGGAGAACCAGCGCCUCCAGCGGGAGUUACAGGAACUGCACGAGCACCAGCGCAGGAAGCACCGCAGGAGAGCCAGCGACUCUGAUGAUGAUGGAGAGAUUCGGCAGCUGCAGAGGGACCACAUGCGCAAGAUGCUUCACCUGCAGCACGAGAUGGAGCUGCUCAAACAGGAGGCCAUGCUCAACAAGAUGCGGCGCGAGCUGCGGACCCCCGGGCUUCUCCCCGCCCCCUCUCAUCCCCCACCACCACAACUGCCACCACAACCUCACCCACAGCCUCCCCCUCCCCAGCCACAACCCCAACACCAGCCGCAACCUGCGCCAAUAAGAAGGCCUCCGCCCAAGCCGGAGACGCCGGAGAUCGAGAGGCAUCGGUUCCAGCGAGACAGAGAAGGGAACACGAUAGAGGCUCUGGAUCCGCUCUUACCAGCUCCUUAUGAUCCUGGAGCUGGGUUUGUGGUAUUCUAUGACUACCUGCUAGGCCUGGACCCAGACUACAAGUCCACCCGGCUGAUAGUGGGUCUGUACAACAAUGCUAAUGAGAUUGGAGACCCCACACCCCUGCCUGUAGUGUACACAGAGGGAGGCUACAACAGCUACUACCAGAACUAUGCUGGCAUGAACAUAGCAGUCAUCGGUGCCAAACAACCUGUGCCAAGGAUCCAGCCGUCCAUGGAUCUCUCCAUAAUAGUAGAGAUGCAGGUACAGUCCGGCAGGGACGGGUACGACAGUAACCGCCUGCGCUCACGCGGCUGGAGCAAGAUCGAACUGUUUGACCAGCAGAACCGCGUCCUGAGCGGCCGGUGGAAAAUCCCGCUCAGGAUGACGCCGGUCAAGCCUCAUCUGACUGCUGUGGAGCUCAACAAUGUUCCUCAGUUGGGUCAUGCAGAACUGUACUUCAGACUGGUGAACUGGAGAGACUCUGAUGUCCAGUCACUCUCUAAAGUCAACCCUUCUGAAGCACGACACUACAAAUUCCCACCUCAAAUGUCUGGUUACCCUGCCUACAACUCCCCCCGCCAAAACUAUUCCUCUAUCCCUACUCAGCCCAUCGCCUAUAUCCCCCCUCCCCCUUCUGACGCUCCUCCCAGCACCGCAGGCACUAUUAACGACAGGUCCAGUAGAAGAUCUAGAAGAACUCCUAUCAGUUACCAACCUGAGGUGGAGGACAGUGUGUCAGUGGGCUUCCAGGUUGACAGAGUGAAAGAUGCCCUAGAUGGAGAGGGGAAAGUGCGCCUGACUGUGUACAACCAAUGGACGGGGAAUAUUGCCCAGUCUUCCACAGCUCCCAUGACCUGUACCACCUCGCCAGUCAAGUCCAACUUCAAGCAUGGAGUCCACGUCUUUGGGUGGCAAGAGGCACUGUUCCAUGACGUGUACCUGAACGCAGACAUGAUCGUUAUUGUCCGGUUCUACCUGCGCCAGCUGAUCCGGGACGACGCGCCAGAUGACAUCAGCCAGGGGGGGAGUAUCCUGGACGAGGAGAAACUAGUUGCCUGGAGCUCCAUGACACUUACUACAGGAAGAAAUGCUGGACGGCUGAGACUGAGAACAGGGAACCACAAACUGCCCCUGUACUACCCUCCUGUACCUGAGGCUAAGGACAUUCCUCUGUCAUCCAGAGAGAACCCGCGGGAGUGGCAGAGAUUUGGGAGGUCCACGGUUCGGUUCCACGUGUUCCAGGGUGAGCCGCCUCGCUCCAACACUCCCUCCACCAUCGCUGGAGACCUGGAGGAUGACAUUCCAGACGGAGCGUGGAUAGCCCAUGAGAGAAGUUCCCCUCCUGUGGAUGUGUUUGGGUCAGGUGACGGGUUUGACCUGUACAUAGACGGAGCAAGGUUCCUGCCAGAUGCUGUCACCAUCUCCAGAGUAGCAGGCAGGAUGUUCGACAGGCAGUUUAACCAGAUUGGACCAGACAUCAACACUAGUGUAGACCUGGACAGCAACAUAUUCGAGCCUUCCUACAACUUCAGGAUGGAGUUCAGAGAAGCAGCUCUACCCCCAUCAUCAAUACUGCUGCUUAAGGUAUACGCUACAGACAGGUUCCGUAAACAGUUGACCGUUGUUGGCUGGGCGACACUGAAUGUGUUUGUGGAGACAGGCACUCAGAGACAACCCAUGGUGGACACCCCUGGACUACAGGUAUCUCUGAAUGAAGGAGCCCACCAGGUGAGGCUGUACAAUGGAGGACCAAAUGCUCUGGACCCUCUUACGGACAACACGCUCCGAGCAUCUAAGAGACACAUCCCCUGUGCCAGUCUGUUGCUGAGGUUAGUCAAGGCUCCUAAAGAUCAGCAUGGGAGGCCACUAGAGGCUGAGAGAGUUCCCCAGGUAGACUGGCCCAGACUGGGUCUGACAGUGCCUAAGCCUGCCUACAGUGAGGGAGUGUACUACUCCACCAAGUGUACACCUACCAGGGGAGAGAGUCAACUCUUCCAUGCCAUGGGAGACAGGAACGUGGUGCUGAUAAGAGACUCCCUGUCAGUCAUCUCAGAUGGACAGGAGCAGAGACUGAAAACUGACAAGGCUACAGAACAAUGGAUCAGGACCCAGCUGACCCGACUGCUGGACACCCAGCCACCAGAGUUAGACCUGACACACAUCUCCAGGUACCAGCCUAUCCAUGGACUCAAGGUGGCCAUAGAUGGAGCCAUGAACCUGCCCUGGUCAAAGUUCACCCAUGUGCACUACUGCUUCAACCCACCCGGGGCCUUCUACUAUGGUAACCCAACAGCAGCGUACGACAAGCUGACCUUCACUGAAAACCUGGACCUGAACAGCAACCAGAAGGCACCAGUAUGGAAGGAUGGCUUCACGUGGUUUCCACGGAGGUCCUUGCACAGAUACUUGGUGCUGAUUGUACAUCUACAAGAAGUGGCAGUCACCGUUGCCAGGGACAACUACAAAUACGGGCUGCUGGAACAGGCAUGGACAGCAAUGCAGAUCUUCAAAGAUGGCUAUGCAGUCACCAGUGCAUACCAGCUGCCACUGUACCAGGGGGCACCCACUCAGGCUAUGCUGACAGCUUUGUCUCGACAACCGUGCAAGGAGAUUAUGGACGACCUGACGAAAACCAAUUCUAUUAAGCUGGCAGAGGGAGCUUCUGUGUUUGUACGCGUGGCAGAUGCCAGAAGAGAUGAGGAAAUCAGCACCCCUAUGGUUGAUGUGGACACCUCCCUGCUCCCCCAGGACCAGCUGGACAGGUACACCCAGGAGAUCCCCUCCAAACCCCUCAGACAACAGGUACCACAGGGCAAGACUCCUGAACAGUUCCAAAACAGUCUGGCCAGCAAGUUCAAAAAUCUUGUGUACAAGUUGUACAUCACAGACUGAAGUGCUGAGAGAGACAGCGAGAUGAGAAAGGCAUCUAAGAUUCUUCACUGGGUUUCAAGACAUCGGCUAAGAGCAGCUAGUACUGAGACAGAGAGUUAGGGCCUGAUAUCUCUAUGUAGUAGUAUGCACUACAGUAGGCACAUACAGCAGGGUUUAUAUAGCACAUACCUUUCAGUUCAUGGGGGAUCUAGCCAACAAUGAAGACAUGCAUUAUCCUAUGUGAUGUCUUUGUGAAAACACAAUGUCAUGCAUGUUAGUUCUUUUGUAAUGCAACCAGAGUAGUAGCAAGGAAAUUGUUGCCUUUGAUACAAAGUUCCUUUUACAUUGUUUCUAGAAAUGGUAAUGCAAAUCUUUAGCAAUUCAUCAUUUUAGGGUUUAUAGCAACUGCUUUGUCAUUGAUGUGAAGGCAUGGGAAAAAAGGGAAGAUCUUGAUUUAGAAUUAUGAUUACAUGUAUUACAUUCAUGACCAAAGAUAAAUUAAACUGCGGAAUGUUUGAUAAUGCUUUAUAAGAUCUCUGAUCCUGUUUGUAUAAAUCUGAACAUUUUCCCUUCAAUGUACUUUUUAUAUGUUGUGUGGCAUGGUACUAAGUAGUAAACUGAAAGAUGUUAUCUGAAAUCUAGCCUGUAAAAAUCUUUUUCCUUUACUUUUAGUAUUUGCACUUCCAAAUGUUUUUCAGCUUUGACCUUCUACAGAAUGUACAAAGAAAAAUAUAGUU